AAGUGCUUACAUUUACGCAAUUCCGUAGGUGUAAAAAUAUCUUUAGUUAAGUCCUAUAAAAUCAAACAACAAAACGGCGAAAUUUAAAGGAAAGAGGCAUAAGUAGUAGUUGUCCACUUUCCUUUCUGAGUUCUAUCCAUUCUCCGCAUAUCCUCGAAGGAUCCAUAUCCACCGUUGUGAAUUAGAGUUGUAUGACGAGCGCUUCGGAGCUAUUCUACAAUCGGAGGUCGCGGUACGGUCGAAAUUCGGAUACCUUUGGUGUCGGCUCGGAUUGGGGUUCUCCUCCGCCUGUCUAUCGGGCUAAUCGCCGCCACCGCCACUACAACAGCGCCGGCGGAAAUCACACUCGCCGCGAUCGACUCGAUCCUGACGGCUGCGAUCCGUUGCGCCGAGCUCUUCAUAAUCCCAGGCAGCCCCUACCCCAUCGCCCUUCUCAUCCAGCUCAAGAACGUGAAUUAAUUCGGCUUGAAGAAGGUGGUCACCAAUUUUCCUCAGGAAAUGGAAGCCACUCUGGAAAUCAUGUUAAUACACGAGAUAGGCUGAGAUACAGUGGGAAUGACAGGCCCACUGACAGGCUUCCUGGAGCUGUGCUGCUUGCAAGAGAAAGACUUUUGCAAAGGUUGAGAGGUGUAACUCUUUCUAGUAGCAGGCGGAGCAACAGGAGUUCAUCAAGCAGCCAUCGUAAUGACAUUGCAAUAGCUGAUGACUUCAGGCUUGUUGAUGCUGGAGAUUGGGAAACAGAAAUAUCGAGAGAAUGGCUUGCAGCAAUGGACCCCUUAACCAAUUCUGUUGGCCAACAAAUGAGCAAGAGACCUCCAGGGCUUACUCAAGAGGCACUGAGCUGUUUGCCUGUUGAGUUUUUCUGUCCCCCAGAGGAAAGUGAUGAACAUGGCAUGUCAAGGGCAUUAAGGGAGUGCAGCAUAUGCCUGGAGAGUUUCUUGGAGGGAGACGAGCUAAUACGGCUACCAUGUGGACAUAGGUAUCAUUUUUGCUGCUUGGAUCCCUGGGUACGGACUUGUGGGGACUGUCCGUAUUGUCGCAGGAGUAUAGAUGCAACUCUAAAUGGUGUAGAAGGGAAUUUAGAAUGUUGAGCUGUUUGAAGGUCCUUUCUCAUGCUAAAUCAGUUUUGCUGACUUUUCUAGUGCGCAUUGAGAAAUUGGAGUUGUAAUGUGUUGUUUUAAUUCUGACGACACUGAAGAGAAACUAAAACUACAAGAUUGUAAAUUAGCUUGAGUUGUUCAGUGAUGAAAAGUUUGACUUGACAGCAUUA